CAUGUUUCAGGUUCCUUGCCACCACCGCAUCACCCCCUCCUUCCCGUGCUAACAAGACCAUCCUGUUCAGCAGUUGACUCAUAACCCUGCGCCCCGAAAGGCCGCGCCGAUGAGGCAACUCGCUGUGAUUCCGUGUCGGACUGAAUUCCAGUGUUCUCCUCUCCCAGUGGUGAGACAGGAAAGGACGUCCCAUCUGGAAGAACCUGAAGGUGCCAUCCCGUCGCUCUGCCUCACGUCACGGAUCGCCCUCAGUCAGAAAUCUUGACUUGCAACUUCGGAGGGUGGGUCCCUGCAGGAAUCCCAGCGCACGCAGCGAUGAGGAGCGCUGCCCUGUGGUAGCAGGCGCCGGGCUGGAACGCGGGCAGGCGGCUGGGCGGCUGAGGCUGGGGGCGCCUUCUGUGGACUGAAGCCCCAGACAGUGAGACUGACUUUCUUAGAAAAUCCAUUGCGAUUAUGGGGAUCCUUCAUGCUGGAGCCGAUCAACUUUGGACCAGGGUCGUGACCAUCCUGUGCUGAGAGUCCCUAAAGCAGAGUAAACUUAGGGAUGCUGUGACACUUUGAUAUAUAUACACACACACAGACGUAUAUUUAUACUGUACCUGAAUUCGUUGGAAGUGAGCUAUCAUAUACACUCAAGAAUGUUUCAGACAUUUAAAGACUGGUUUUGGUUGGAAAGAUUCUGGCUCCCUCCAGCAAUAAAGUGGUCAGACCUCGAAGAUCACGAUGGACUCGUCUUUGUAAAACCCUCUCAUCUGUACAUGACCAUCCCAUAUGCCUUCGGCUUGCUGAUUAUCCGGCAUUUCUUUGAAAAAUUUGUCGCCACACCUCUCGCAAAGACUUUCGGUAUUAAAGAGGAAGUUCGGAAGGUUAUACCGAACGCGGUCUUAGAGACUUUUUACAAACGCUCUACGAGCAAACCAUCUGAAGAUGAUGUUUACGGCCUGGCAAAGAAGUGCAACCUGACGGAGCGCCAGGUUGAAAGAUGGUUUCGGGGUCGGCGGAAUCAGGACAGGCCUUGCAGGAUGAAGAAAUUCCAGGAGGCUUGCUGGCGAUUUGCAUUUUACUUAGUGAUUACUGUGGCUGGGAUCGCGUUUCUUUAUGAUAAACCUUGGGUAUAUGACCUCGGGGAGGUGUGGAAUGGCUAUCCCAGACAGCCCUUGCUGCCAUCCCAGUACUGGUACUACAUCCUGGAGAUGAGUUUUUAUUGUUCUCUCUUACUCAGCCUGGGCUCUGAUGUGAAGAGGAAGGAUUUUUUUGCUCAUGUCAUCCACCACCUGGCCGCUCUCAGCCUGAUGAGCUUCUCCUGGUGCGCUAACUACAUCCGCAGUGGGACCCUGGUGAUGAUUGUGCACGACGUGGCCGACAUUUGGCUGGAGUCUGCGAAGAUGUUUUCUUACGCUGGAUGGAAGCAAACUUGCAAUACCCUGUUCUUCAUCUUUUCCGCCAUAUUUUUCAUCAGCCGCCUCAUCAUUUUCCCCUUCUGGAUUUUGUAUUGCACGCUGGUGAUCCCGAUGCUCUACCUCGAGCCCUUCUUUUCCUACAUCUUCCUCAACCUGCAGCUCAUGGUCCUGCAGGUCCUUCACCUUUACUGGGGUUACUUCAUCCUGAAGAUGCUCAAGAGAUGCAUAUUCACAAAGAAAAUCCAGGAUGUGAGGAGUGAUGACGAGGAGGAGUACGAAGAAGAAGAAGAGGAAGAGGAAGAGAAGAAGGAAGAGGCCACCAAAGACAAAGAGAGAGACUGUUUGAAGAACGGACUCGGGCCCGACCGGAGCCUCCUUCCCAAUGGUCAGCAUGGCCGUUAGCGGGAAGCCCACGUGGGUCUCGGGUCAUGUGACCAGGGCCACAGAAGCCAGGCUGCCCUCCAUCACUGCAACCCAGGCCCCACAGGGACCCCAGACCCGCCCUCCCUCUCCCCAGUGCCCCCUCCAGAUGUAUUUAACAAAAACGUUGUUGGAAUGUGUUAAAAUGUUAAAUAUAAGCGUUCCUAUGGAUUUACUGCAGUUAGGACUGAGACCGGUCAGAGAUUUCAAGGAUUUCUCCAGGGAACCGUGUCGGUUCUCAUUGUCGUUGCACCGCCCGCCUUGCCCAUCCCUAGCAAGUGCCAGCAGUGCUGUUAACCCACUGUCUCCGCUGGGCUUGGCCACAGACAGAGCUCCUGCCCUAGAACGACUGAGAGGUAGCGAUGGGACAGGGGCUUGUGUGAAACCUCCCAAGCUUGUCGCUCUGUCUGUCCAGGGGAAGAAGCCUGUCCCGCCGACCUCACAGGGUCGGAGGAAGGAUCCAGCAAGAGAAGGCAACUCUGGUGUUACUGUCCCUGAGCCUCGUCCCCUGCGAUUCCAGCUCCGUUUGGGAGAGAGAACCUGGCUAAGCUGGGCAUUGCAUGGGCCUGAAGGAGAGACACUAGCUUAAACACUUGCCCAUUCAGCCUGCGUGGUGCUAGCUGGAAAUGCAAAUACCCAGCAGGCCCUUUCCAUUUACCCUGAAACUAUUUAUUUGUUAGUUUCCCAAGGGUAAUUUCUGAAUUCCCUGGGAAUUCUCCCUCAGGUCCAAUGGCCACAGGGAGGGAGUUUGGGUCCCAUUCCAUCUUGCUGUGCUGGUCUGUCCUCCUUUUCUUCUCUGAAAGGCCAGCAGAGCUACCCAGCAGGCCCUGGGGGAGUGGGACUGGUCAGGCUGCUCCCUGAGCCACUAUCACCUGGGAAACCGGAGCCUCUGGGCGUGAUAUGCGUGUGAGCUCCUGACCGAGAGGAAACCUUAGACACAGGAGGGGGGUGCUACCCAUUCAUCUCCCCUGUAACCAGUCAGACCGCCAAAUAGCCAAACAGAACCAAAGGCCGCUGGCAAACACCCCAGGCGGUCCAAGCGCAGGUGCUCUUGUCAGCGACAGCUCCCGGGCCACCUGCGUCUCUGGGAGGAUGCCGGGGGCUGGGGGCUCAGGGACUGCUCUCGGUCCCCACAGGAGGCGUGUCUCGUGAGCCCAGCAUGCAGGGUGGGCCCGGGGUGUCUUAGAUGCUUGCUGGCUGAGGAGAGACCACUCCCAGCAGAAGGAAAACCGGGCACCAUGUGCACCCCCGCCCCACCCCUGUCUCUCGGACAGUUUUGGUCACACUGUGCACCUUCAUCUCAUUUCACUCAGGGCCCGUAUUUAAGCCAGGGGACAGCUAGGACUGUGGGCGCCGUUCACGUGUCCACAUAGGCCCCGGGAACAGGACGGCUCUCUGCGCAGGACAGGUACCUGAAUUGUGUUUUACUUAAAAGAUGUUUUUUGUUGUUGUCUUUUUUUUUUUUUUUUAGUUCUUUUUAAUUUAAAAGAUGUUUUUAAAACCUUCAGUUUAAACUGAAACCAAAACCAUUCAGAAUUCUUCCCCCAAUGGAAUCUCCUUGUGAGAACUCAUUAGGACAAUAGAAAGGCAUGGGGGCACGUGUUCUCUGCACAGUCAUGUUUGCCAGUACGAGCACCAUGCAUUGUCCGUAUAAUGUUAUGUUAUAACCCAGAGUGCCCACACUCCCUGACGGGCACAGCUGGGGAGCUAUUAUUGCUAUUAUAUUAUUAUUGUUUUGGUGGCAGAAGAGCAUGCUGAGAUAUUGUUUUUUAAUGUUUUUAGUUGGCAGAGUACUUUUUCUUUGAUUGAUUUUGGUGUCGUCUCUGUACCAAGUAUCUCCCUGCUUACGGUAAAAGAUCGCUUACUGGCCGCCCUCCCCUCCAGUUCUUUUCUUGUUUGAAUGUUGAAGGUGAAAUGGAUGUGCCAGUGUCAGCCGUCUCUGGUCGCUGGUGCACUGACCCGCCUCUCAAGAGGUAGAGAAGCUGUAGGGCUGGGGUGUGGUUGGUUUUAGAGCAACCACUCCCCCUGCAGGAAACAGGCCUCAGACUGUGCCAGGCGACUUUAUAAAAACGCAGCCCGCCGGGCCCCGAUGGGACUGUCAUGGUAAUGACUGACCGCGAAACAAAGGCCGGUCCAGCACGCGCCCUCUCGGCUUCUGAGAGCUGGUGACGGGUCUCACCUGGUGUGGAGCCAUCUGCCCGUCCUCCAGACCCUAGAGAUGCUGUGCCAGGGAGCAGAGGGCAUGGAGCCACGCUAGGACACUGGGGCUGCUGGCCGUGGGGUACCGACCCCGGACAAGAACUGGCGGUUGGUCUUGACCGGGGAGAGCCUCUUGGCUCUGUAGACAGACAGACACCUACGGGCUGGGACCUAACUCGGUCCUGGCCACAGGGCCCUGCGGCAGAGACGCUCGCAGGUGCUCAGGGAGGUGUUUUCUCAGCACCUUUUCUCACCUGCCUUUCGGAGCUGGAGGAGGACAUCGGUCCAUCAGCAUUCCCUGUGGACCUAAGCACGCCUUGCCUGGCGCCUGCUGACAUUUCAAUCCAAUGCUUUGGGGCGAGAAACAGAUCUGCAUCUCAGCCGCGUCUGGGUGCUUCUGAAGAGCAGUGAGGGUUCUGGGGGGGGCGGGGGGCACCCGCUUCGUUCCUACCAGCAGUUUCUCAAGCUGAUAGAUGGGGACAUGCCCUGACACAGGCUAGUCAACCCCAAAUCCGUCACCAAAGCAGACAGUGGGCAGGUCACAGGAGAGUAAAAGCUAGCGCCUUUGACGUCCUUGCCUUUCUCAGAUUGUUGGUGUUAUUUGACCACAGCCUUUCCUUUUUCCUAAAAACUUUUAAUACCAAAAAUACCUUUAAAAGAGGCCAUAACCUCACUAUGUCAAUAUAUUUGAAGGUGUACGUAAAAUGUGUAAGUUCCUAGGAAAAUACAGCUUGUCAAACGGGCACAAGAGGGAAUAGCUACCUAAAUAGUCUUCUGUAUAAGACAAAAUGAAAUGUGAAAUGAUAAAAGUCACACACAACCCCACAAAACAGUCCUUAGGCCCAGAUGGGGAUCCUUCCAGUAUUUAAGAAAGAAUGUACACAGCGUUACACAAACUUUUCCAAAGGAAGGAACACAUCCACACUUGUUUUAUACAGUAAGACCAGCACAAACUUGACACCAGAAUCUGACAAGAAUAUUAGAAAAAAAAACCCCGAACAAUUAAAGGAUGUCAUUCAUGAA